GUCACCAGAAACCGUCCAAGAUGGGCGUAGUGUUAGUAACAGUGUGUUAGUAGGUUACUUGUUACUUUCAACAAUCUCUGUGGCACGAUAACGUACUUCUGUUCACCCCUAAACGAAUUUCUGUGACAGCCAAGAUCACAAACCGCGAUCAUGAGAAGCAGAAGCAAUUCGGGAGUGAGACUUGAUUAUUAUCAACACCUUCUGCACAACACGAUAUUGUGCCACCAGCAUCCAGUGACAGGAUUGUUACCUGCAUCCCCAAAUCAGCCUCAUGCAUGGGUUCGGGAUAACGUUUAUGCGGCCAUGUCGAUUUGGUCGCUUGCUAUGGCUUACAAGAAAAAUGCUGACCUAGAUGAAGAUAGAGCUAAAGGUUAUGAACUAGACCAGAGCGUCGUUAAGAUCAUGCGCGGCCUUCUGAUGUGCAUGAUGAAUCAGGUGGAGAAACUGGAGAAGUUCAAGUACAGCCAGAGUCCGCGAGAUGCGCUGCACGCGAAGUACUCGAGCGCCGACUACAAAACUGUCGUCGGUGACGGGGAGUGGGGCCACCUGCAGAUUGACGCCACUUCCCUCUACCUGCUGCAACUGUCACAGAUGACCGCUUCAGGGCUUCAGAUCAUAUUCACUCUGGAUGAGGUUUCAUUUAUUCAGAAUUUGGUAUUUUACAUCGAGGCUGCCUAUCGUAUCCCAGAUUAUGGUAUUUGGGAACGUGGUGAUAAGACAAAUCAUGGACUACCUGAGCUGAAUGCGAGCUCAAUAGGGAUGGCAAAGGCUGCGUUGGAGUCGAUUAAUGAUCUGGAUGUGUUUGGAGCGAGGGGCGGACCCGCAUCUGUGAUUCAUGUCAUGGCCGAUGAGGCGCAGCACUGUCAGGCUGUGCUAGCAUCAAUGCUACCCAGAGAAUCGAACUCUAAGGAAAUCGAUGCUGCUUUACUGAGCAUUGUAGGCUUUCCUGCUUUUGCUGUUGAGGAUCCAGAGCUUGUUCAAAUGACCAAGGAGGCUAUCCUCAGCAAACUUCAGGGGCGCUAUGGUUGCAAGAGGUUUCUACGAGAUGGGCACAAGACUGCAAGAGAGGACCCAUCUCGACUACACUAUGAACCAUGGGAAUUGCACAUCUUUGAAAAUAUUGAGUGUGAAUGGCCACUGUUUUAUAUCUAUCUUUCACUGGAUGGUCUUUUCCGAGGUAACCUUGAACAGGCGGAAGAAUACUUUGAAGCCUUGGAAGAUAUCAUGAUUAAAACAGAGAAUGGCCUGAAACUUCUACCAGAAAUGUAUGCAGUUCCUCCUGAUAAGGUGGAGGAGGAGAAAAAGAACCCGCACAGCCAAGAGAGAAUAGCCGUCGGCAAGAUACCGCAGAUGUGGGGACAGUCUCUUUACAUCCUCAAUUGCCUGCUCAAGGAAGGCUUCAUUGCAGUGGGUGAGCUGGAUCCUAUGAACAGACGACUCAUCACUGACAAGAAACCAGACCUGGUUGUGCAAGUUGUAAUUCUUGCUGAGACGAAAAACAUUCAGGAAAAACUAAGAGAGUAUGAUUUUGACGUGGAGACAGUGGCUGAGGUGCGACCAAUAGAAGUUCACCCGGCUAGAGUGCUGAGUGAGAUAUUUGCUCAGCUUGGGAAAAACAGGAAGCUAAGCUUAUCAGGCCGACCAUCACAUGAUGUUGGACUACUAAGCACAAGCAAGCUCUACAUGUUAAGAGACCGAAUAUUCACCUUCACGCCACAGUUUUCCGAUCCACACGAGUUCUACUUGGCGGCCGAUGCGAAUCUUCUGCUCGACAUGUUUCUCACUGACAUAGCAUUUCUGAAGACGAGCUGGCGACAACUAGGCAGACCCACCAUCACAAUAGUGCUGCACAAACACAUGUGGGGUGACAUAGAUUUAAAGAAAAGUUUGCCUCCCGCUGUGAUUGCUACACUCAAAAAGCUCAAGAGUGGCUAUGUAACUGGGGCCAGCUCUUGUAGGGUGGAUCUCCGAAAAAUCAAGGAUUUCCUCAGCACAUCCUGCGUUACUCAGUUGAAUUUCCUCGCUAAUACGGAAUCCGGUGAUAUAGAAGGCACAGAUGAGAGCGUGUUGGAGCUUCUAGACAAGAUCACUAGGCAGAAUGGCUCGCACCGACACGCACGCUUGCCUGUGCAUCAGGGCCGAACACCGGGCUCCAUGUGUCACCGAGCUUCCUCCGUGCGGGGCAUCGUUAAGCGUACAAAGUCGAUCGCACUGGACCAGGGCGAUGAGGCCAACUACAUGCGCAGCAGGUAUGCAGCGAGGCAACCCAGCUUCUCAGCCACGCGUGAGCAAGACUCCAUCGAUGAUGACGAUUGCAACGUGUCGAUACAGCUAUUCAACGAUAGCACGGGGUCUCGGAGACGCUCGUCUGAGUUGAAUUACCCUCACCUUGACAGCCAUCACAUGAAACCUCCCCUGCCACCAGACAGGUCGUCAUACUGCCUCAGAACAGAGCCUAUUGCACAGAAGCCUACAGCACAGGUGCACGUGGAACGGAUGGAAACUCUCUAUUCUGGAAUAAACCCAGAAGAUCUGCUGGACAUACUGCGAGAAGCUGCAAGCCUUACUGAGCAAGCUGAUAUCAUUCACUAUUUGUUUAUAACAAAGGGUGCAAGUUGGGAUACCCAUAUUGAUGGGAAGCCAGGUUGCAAGGUGAAAGACCUGUUGCAGGAACUAUAUGAAAAGGCUUGUCAUGAGAAGCACUGGUGGUUAGUCAGACACACUGCCGGUGUCCUAAAGAAACAGGUGGAAGAUCUGGCUAAGGCUGUUACAGACCUGCUGGUCAGGCAGAAGCAGGUGACAGUGGGCAUGCCCCCUGAACCAAGGGAACGCACGAUUACGCGGCCACUUCCUCCAGAUGAACUAAGAGGAAUCAUUGCUGAUGCAUACGGAGAAGACAGUAGUACAUCCAUGUUGACACAGGAGCUGUUGAUCUAUCUGGCUAUGUUCAUCUGCACAGAGCCAGACCUAUUUCGAUCGAUGCUGCGUCUCAGAGUAGGGCUCAUCAUACAGGUGAUGGCCUCCGAACUCGCUAGGACACUCAACUGUGACGGUGACAAGGCAGCCGAGGAUCUACUGAAUCUAAGUCCGUAUGAGCUGAAGACUCUGCUGCACCACAUUCUCAGUGGGAAAGAGCUACGUGUACACGUUAACGUCGAGGCUGACAAUGAUAACGAGGUAUCCCUGAAAGAAUCCAACAAAGAGGAAAACCUUGGAAUGAGACAAGUUAGAGAUGAGAUCAAUGACACUCAUAAAGUUUCCUUCGUGUCGUUUGGUUCGUCGAAGAAAUCUGGGUCAGGGCUGAGUGAAGGUGAUAUCUGCAGGCAAGGUCAGUGGCUUCGUCGUCGUCGUCUAGAUGGUGCCCUCAAUCGCGUGCCUUACGAGUUCUACCCAAAACUGUGGAAGGUUCUUGAAAAGUGCCAUGGCUUAUCCAUUCAAGGAAUGGUUCUUCCACAGAGUUUGACCCGAGAGAUGACGCCCGGUGAAACAAAAUUUGCACUGCAAGUGGAGGCAGUACUGAAUCGCAUCCCACAGCCAGAGUACAGACAACUGAUGGUAGAAACACUCAUGGUCCUCACACUGGCUGUAGAGGCAGACAAGAAGUGCAGUCUAGGAGGCAUCAUACAGGUGGAAUACUUGGUCUCCGAGGCUAAUCGAAUAUUCCUAGCUGAACAGUUACGAGUGCAAGGUGAUGCCACGUUGUGCUGUGCAGGCCCCCAUGCAACUGUGCCGUUGCCAGGGAAGCCUCCUGUUUUGAGGUGUGGUGGCAAGGCUGGCAUCUGCCAGCUGUUUUAUGACAGCGCCCCUAGUGGUCGAUUCGGCACAAUGACAUACCUGUGCAAGGCAGUUGCCCAAUCGCUCAACAUAUUCCCUGCCACUGGAGACUUGGAGUGUGUGAUUUCCUAGAGUUCGUUCUCUUCUGCACACGUGCUUAUGAGGGAGCGAGAGAGUAAGUCCUAGUCAAAUGCUGGUGUCACAGCACUAACUUAGAAAUAUAUAAUUUCUGGUCAAUUUUCUAAAGAUGUCAGGUAACCCAGUUAAAUACUUAAUUUAAUUAGCAUUUAAUAAUGACAAUCCUAUUUAAUAGACUGUACUGCGGAUAUCGAAUGGUUUUUAUACAUUAUAUGGGUUUAAUACAGCAGCGCAGUACGAAACGUCAUACAAUUUAUAUGGGCCAUCGAUUGUAUGUUGGAUGUUAUAAGGUAUGACCACUAUAUGGGGCUAGUUACUGUACUUCGUUAAUAGUAAGUGAUGAAAAGAAAACGUUUACUAUUUCAUUUUUGCUUUGCUCCGGAGUUUUCUUCUGGUAUGUGAACCGUGUUGGACUUUUCCAGUUAAACGUUUGCUGGUUCAAGUAGGGAACUCGUUAGUAGAUUGUACCUCAGUGCUACUUAUGUUGGCGGUACUUAUGGUACUUGGUGUUUUAUUACUUAAUAUACGUAAAUAUAUGAUUGCAGAUCGAGUUGUAUUAUAACCCAACAUGCAGAAUAAUUUCUUUUGGAUGCUGAGAAACGUAGAGGUUGUUACAAGUAUGUCGAUGAAAAUAGAAUGGUAGGUUACGAUUCUUUUUGUGUGAUACAUGUAAAUCUAAUGCCCUAGUCGAGAGAUUUUAAUGCUUCAUCAAAACAUGUCCCUGUUUUGUGGGUCAUGGGCAAGUAGCUUAUAAUUAUGUGAAUCUGUGGAUAUGUUCACAAUUCUGACAGUUCAUAUUUAGCAUUCUAUAUUCUGUUAAUCCACCUACGCUACAAUCGUUUUUCUCUAUGAUUAUUGUACUCCAAACUACCCUAGUGCCUCCCCAGUCCAACCCCUUAUUAUGCUCUCUUUGGCACAAAAAUCGUGCAUAUAUAAUAUUUAUGCAGGUUUAUGUUUGAAUGAGCAGUAAAGGUAUCUUUAACUAGUGACAUGUUCUAGUGUCACAAAGUUGCACAUCUACGCGCACAACUGCGUUAUUGUGAUGGAUUAUGAUUUGCUGUGUAAAUGUUUUCACGCAAGGUGUUUCCGAAUAUCGAAUUUUAUUUAUCAGGGUUGUUUUCUUAAUUCAGAUUUUAGCGUCAGUUUUUUUGGCGAUAGACACAAAAAUGCUGGUGGUAGUUUUUUGUGUGACAGUUUGUGAUGUUCCCUCACAGCCCGUCAUAUUUGCACGAGUUAUGAAAAAGAUUUUUGCAUUGGAACGUGCAACUGAAUUCAGUGGUCUUCAUUGGGCUGUUUAUUGGAACACAUUUGGCAAGUAUUUAUCUGUAAUUUCAAUACAAACGAUUUAGCAAGAAAUAGUAUUAGUUAUUCCCUGUCAACUGACAUUGGCCUUACUGGAUUUGGCUGUAUGUAUCCAUACUGUGAACCUCAUUGUAGAUCUCAUUGCACAGUCAAUGGGUAUGCUAACUUAACUCUGAAAUUGCAAUUAAAAUUUGUCUUGGUUAUAUCUAUAUAUGGUUUUCCUUAUUUUUACUUUGAUUUGAGGAAUGUUUGUGUAGAAUUUCACGUACAUUAUGAUUAUACCAAUAAAUUUCCAGGGCACAACAACUGGUUUAUAUUAUAUGUAUUAUAUAAAAGUAGUAUGUGCCUACAUAUACCUGUCAUUCCAUAUUGGAGUUCUCUAUCUUCUUCUUUGGUUAAUUGUUAAAUUGAAACUUUCUACUGAAAUCUGCAGUGUUGUUCUAUCUAUUUUAUCACCUGAUUUUAUCAAAUUAGACUCUCCAUCUUCGGUAUAGUCUUUUGGGCUUUGAAGACUAAUAAUCCUUACAAUGCUACGAGGUUAUUUCUGUCAUCAGAUUUGUUCAUGAACAGGUCAGAUUGUGUAUAUGUGUCUAUCUGACACCGUGGGACUGUGCUGUCAGUCUCCUGACGAAGUUGUGCAUAUUUUAGAAUGGGAGCGAAUUACAAAAGUGCAAUUAUUUCAGGAGUAAAUAAAAACACUGCUAUGGCGCGCCUAUCAUACUACUAUAUUACUACUAUUCAUAACGCUACUAUAUAGUGUAUACACCGAGCUGUACAUUGCUAUUAUAUACAGCUCAGUGAAUGUACAUAUGAUAUCUAUAAUCUAUGGCUAUCACUUGAUCCGUGUGGUCAGGAUCAUAUGGUCUGCAAAGUAGUGCUUUUAAAUCUUCGUUUUGCCUGUUUUAAAAUGUGAAAUCACAAAAGUGCAAUCAUAUUUAUACUAAACUACUAUUUAUCUGGAAGACCUUGCUUAGAAUAAACAUGCGUAAUUUAAAUGAAACUAUUGGAAAAAACUGUAGUAGUAGAUACUGAAUUCCUUAGCCAAGCAAAGUUUAGAAACUUGAAGCAAAACUUAGUUUAACAAGGUUUAAGCUCAAGUUUAAUUAUUAAUGUUAGAUGCAUUUUGCACAUCAGACUUUGUACUGUUGACAUCGCAUAUAGCGUCCACCAUACAUGAUCCUGUUGUGCAAUGUGCAUGUAUUAAUUCCUUACAGUUGCGUUUGCAUGGCGGUUGAUAUAGACAAUGUUACACACACUGAAAACAUUUCUUACGAAAGCUAUUUAGACAUUACUAAUUGCCGAUGGCCCAACUUGGUAAAGAAGUAGGUCAUUAUAUGAUCACUAAUAGGCCGAGGUAUUGUUGAAUAUAUUCAAUUAAAUACCCCUAUCAUUAAUUAACUGCUGUAUUUAAACAAAUAAAGUGGUAGUGGAUCCGUAA